AUGCGGUAUCUUGCAAGUCUGGCUCUCCUCUGCCAUGUGGUACUUGGUGCCCCUUCUACUCCACCGAGCGAGCACGCCGCACGCGCAGCAGUCUUCAAAGUCGACAGAUUCUUCGCGGGAAGCCUUCCACCAAACAGAAGAAACUUUGUCAUAUUCUCGGUCCAGCCAACCCCUGGCGCCGACUUCGCCAACUGCACCAUUAACACGGAUACUGGCCCCAAAGUACCAACGGUCGACAAGAUGGUCUGCACUGACAUCAACUCCAUAACGUGGAGUCUGGAGCCGAUGGGGACGGGGAUGCAAUUCAGUGUCUGGUGGGCUUUCACCAGUCAUGCUUCGUCGCUAGGCGGGAUACACCUCGACGAGUCGUACUUCAAGGACACGACACUCGCAGAUGGGAGCACGUCACAGAGCUAUAUCGGACCGCAUAAAUUCACUUUGGAUACGACCAUGGUGAUGAAUAAUCCUGGGGGGAAGAGGGAGAUGGGAGAGAGCAUGGAGUAA